AUUAUGAAAUUUGACUUUUUUUAAUAUAUGGUUCCUCUGCUUCACCAACUUUCAUGUCCAUGAUGGACCAUUGUAAGGAUUUUCUCAGCUGGCUCGAUCAUGAUACCUCUCUCAAUAUAUUCAAGGGUAUGGAUGAUCCAGCAGAUCUAGCACGUGUCAGCUGUGUCUCGCGAUCUUGGAGACACUUUGUGAUUGCUAAUGGCCUCUCUAAGCAGUUGUGUUUGAGAAUGUUUCCUCCAUUAUCUAGAGUUGCUUGUGUUGUUGAACUGAAUCAACAUGGAGUGAAGGAACACCCCGAGGUUGGAUUGAGCAACUCUAUGGAAUGGUUAGCUCUACAGAAAGAUAAUAGAGUCUAUGGUUGUCUUGCUAGAUGCUGCAUGUCUCCCGUUGCUAUGGAUUGCAUUGCGGGUAGAUUUUCCUAUUGGUCAAGUAAUGGACAAAUUAAUCCCAAUGUUCCUGAGACAUUAACAUACCAGUUGGGCUCUCAAAUAUGUGUUAUUAAGGAAAUCAAUAUUCAACCAUUCCAAGCUCACUUUCAGAUGGGGUCACCUAUAUAUUCAGCACAAUCUGUUAGGUUUAAAAUGGGUCAUCAGAAAGCCUCUCUAGAUUCUCUAGCUGAUGAAAUGUUUGUAUGGACCUAUACAUCACCGGAGUUUCCAAUGGCUCAGGAAAACCGGCUACAGACUUUCCAGCUUCCAGAACCUGUACUCUGUAUCGGCGGCAUCUUGCAGGUUGAGCUUUUGGGGAGGGUACAGAGACAAGAAAUGGAUGGCUUAUUAUACAUUUGUAUUUCUUAUGUUCAAGCUUUGGGGAUUCAGUUGUCACCAGCAUUUAGCGUUGAAAUUCUUGACCCCUCUGGAAUGUUUGUGUUGAAGAGAGACCAACGGGCUAAGUGUGAACCCCAUGCGACUUCUGACGAUGAGUCUGGAAUGCUAAAUGAAAAUUUGCUGAGGGAAUUUAGAGAUUUCCGACGUCUUCUGAUGUGGGAACAUGUAAUGCGAAUAGGAGCUGAGAAUGGUUGGGAUGAGGAAGACUAUGCAAAUGGCGAUUUCGAUUUCGAUUUCGGUUUCGACGAGGACGUGGCAUAAAGUGUGACAGUCCCUCCCCAAAACAAUAAGGAUAAAAAGAAAAUAUAAGAAUAUGCAGGUAAAGAGUUGUUGUAAUGAAACCAGUGUCUAUGCAUACCCUUUGUGCAAACUGUUCAUGUUUUUGUUAGCAUUGGAUAUGGGACGUAUGACUUCUUAAACUGUUUUUAUUAGUAGACUGUAGUUGUACCAAUUGUUAGUCAGAAAUCUGAAUUGUUUUUGUUUUUAAAUAAUAAUAAGUAUGAAACUUUA